CCAUGUUUUGUCAAUGUCACGUGGAUGCAUUGGUUCUCGUGCAUCUUUGGCUUGGUUAUAUCUCUCGCUGGUCUGGUGACAGAUGGGAUUGCACUGUACACGUACGGUAGCAAUGAAAUGUGGGUUUACUUCAGCAUCAUGUUGUCCUUGGCGGUACUGCCUAAUUUGGUAAUACAAGCAUUCAGCAUAAGUUGGCAAAUGGCUGAUGAAAAUCCUUCGACACUGGUUAAAGUGGUGAAUCUGCUGCUCUUCGGGACAAUUCACAAGCAGUGGCUGACCAUACGUAACUGCUGCAGAGCAUACAAGACGAAGGCCAAAAAGGACUACGACACAUUCUCAAAGCAUAGGAGCGACCUCUAUUUGCUGGACCUCUACAAGUCGUUCAUGAAGUCAGCGCCACAGCUCGUGCUCCAGAUAUACAUUUUGUUCGACACAAAGGACUGGCGUCCUAUGACGGUUGGCACUCCCAUCACCUCCCUUGUCGCUUUAGCAAAAGGUAUGGUAGACUAUGACAUCGAUCUGAGGCAUCGAUGCCCUGAUUUGACCUCGCUUUCCUGGUUCGGCGUCAUCCUGCACUUGCUUUGGAGACUCGGCAUCGUCACAUCCCGCAUCGGCGCCAUGGUAUUGAUGGCAGCAGUGAAUGACUACUGGGCAAUUGCGUACUUUGGUAUCCACUUCGUGAUGACGUCCAUCUUCGCCUUCACGAUGACGCAGGACUUGGUGCGUAGGGAAAUCGCGCCAAACACGCCGCUCUGGCAGCAGUGCGCGCAUGGCAUCGCCAUGGGCGCGGCCCUCACAUUCAGCUUCUUCAACGUGGCCGACUCUUCGUCGCAGCCGUGGAUGAUCAUCAUGUACACGUACGCCAGCAUGCAAAGUGCCGAGGCAGUUGUGCAUUUUUUCAAUGACUGGGUGAAUACCGGUCAACCACUUCACGGCAUGGUGGCAAUGGCUAUUGUGUUCGGAAGCUUCAUGUUAGGAUUGAUCGCCAUGUUGGUUUAUAACUGCCUGUACAAACAGGUUUACACAGUCACCUUGUUCCCGAGCCGAGUUUCAGAAGCUGACGAACGACCACGGCAGGUCGGAAACCACCUUGAAGGCCUUGAAACCGCAGACGGUGACGGCCAAAGCCUAAACGAACGAAGCCGCUUGGUUAAUAUAUGAGUUUGAAAAGAUCACUUUGCAGAUGUUGGUAAUGCAAAUUCAAAACUUGUUAGCAAUAUCCACGGUGUUUUGUAGCGGGGUGAAUUAUUGUGUUUUUGACUGUGUGUCCGUGUCUGUUCGUUUGUGUAUUUAGGCACCGCACGCGUUACAAACCUUCUUCCAGAUCACUUGAAGAACUGAUAUAUGCCGCCAGAACUGUUCGGACCAGAACUGCAAUACGCAGUCAUGUGAUUACAAAUACGUCCAUUUGUUCAUCUUGUAAAGGGUAUCAUUCAUUACGAAGCAUUAUAAGUCCACUCUUUUGAGUCGGAAGGUUACCGUAAGCCAGAUGAGAUAAUGGGUGGGGUUAGCGCAACACUUGCUCCUCUAUUCUGAGAAAAGCUACAUUACAAUGUUGAACUAUUUAAUGCAUUCGAGUACAGAGACUGAACACCUCGUUUUGUAAUGAAGAGUUUGUAGCCAUUAACAUUAACUAAUCAUAAGUCGGUAAUCUGAGAUAAAAGAGGCGCUUUAUCAGUAGGCGAACGCAAUAUUGUGGUGUACAGGAAGAAUAGUGGGUAACUUGACGUCCUUUACGUACUUUCUAUGGGAACAUGUCCCAACAGUGAAAUAACGCAACUGUGCUCGGUGCACUUGCUAUUACAUGGCAACACAGGAGGUGGCGCCGUUGUCGUACCAACACCGCGUAUACUUCAACCAUUAGUGACAACGCAAUGCACCAAUACUGCAGCUAUUGAAAGCUCACCUGAAGGUCACGGGAUCAAAUCGCGGCCGCAUCUAAAUGGAGGCCAAUGCUAUAGGGGGGGGGGGGGG